UUUAUUAAUAUUCGAUCUCAGUUUUUUCUUGUGAUCUUCUUAUUCUAAAAAGAACUCCGAUCAUCCAAACCUGCCCUAAAAGAUUUUCACAUAGCAAACAAGCAAACUAAGCAAAGUUCGUGGGGCAGAGCGUGCAGGAGAGAGAAGAGGAACAGAAGCCCGUUCCUCCUGUGAUAUUGCCCGAACUGUAUUCGAUCUUGUUGGUAUUCUGUUAAAGAUCACCAGAUUGGAAUCGUCCUCAGCGAGCCGAGAUGGUGAAUUCUAUGGUAGAACGAGCUACGAGCGACAUGCUCAUUGGUCCUGACUGGGCAAUGAAUAUCGAGAUCUGUGACAUGCUGAAUGGCGACCCCGGGCAAGCCAAGGAUGUUGUUAAAGGUAUAAAGAAGCGGAUUGGAAGCAAGAAUUCAAAAGUUCAACUUCUUGCACUAACUCUACUGGAGACAAUCAUAAAGAAUUGUGGGGACAUUGUUCACAUGCAUGUCGCGGAGAGAGAUGUGCUUCAUGAGAUGGUGAAAAUAGCAAAGAAGAAGCCUGAUUUUCAUGUCAGAGAGAAGAUUCUGAUUCUUAUAGAUACUUGGCAAGAAGCUUUUGGAGGACCAAGGGCUAGAUACCCGCAAUAUUAUGCUGCAUACCAGGACCUGCUGCGUGCUGGGGCAGUAUUCCCUAAAAGGUCUGAACAAUCUGCACCUGUGUUCACACCUCCACAAACACAACCAUUGUCAUCAUAUCCUCAAAAUUUACGCAACUCUGAGGCCCAUCAGGAUGCAGCUGAGUCCUCUGCAGAGCCUGAGUUUCCAACUCUAAGUUUGAGCGAAAUUCAGAAUGCUCGUGGUAUUAUGGACGUUCUUGCAGAAAUGCUUACUGCAAUAGAGCCAAGUAACAAAGAAGGCCUUAGGCAGGAGGUUAUUGUUGAUUUAGUGGAGCAGUGUCGAACCUACAAGCAAAGGGUGGUACACCUUGUUAAUUCAACUUCGGAUGAAUCGCUGCUAUGCCAAGGUCUAGCUCUCAAUGAUGAUCUUCAGCGAGUAUUAGCAAAGCAUGAAGCCAUCGCUUCAGGUGUUUCUGUUGCAAAUCAAACAGAGAAAGUGAAGUCUGAGCCUGCUGGAGCACUAGUAGAUGUUGGUCCUUUGGUUGAUAAUGGAGAGGCAAGUAAACAAACUGAUGGGAGUUCAAGCGCUGAAGGUGGGUCUCAAACAUUGAAUCAAUUAUUGCUUCCUGCUCCUCCCACUUCUAAUGGUUCAGCUCCUCAUGCUAAGGCUGAUCCCAAGAUGGACUUGCUCAGUGGUGAUGAUUAUGCCUCGCCAAAAGCAGAGACUUCACUUGCUCUUGUUUCUCUAGGAGAACAGCAACCAACAAAUCCCGUGUCUCAGCAGAAUGCCCUUGUUCUUUUUGAUGUGUUUUCAAAUGGCAACAGUGAACUGACUUCCACACAGCUAACCCAGCCAACUAAUGUUGGUGGACAGACCAGUCCACUAGCCCCCCACGGUCAACAACAGCAGACGGCCAUAACUUCACAAGGUCCAUUUUAUGCUAAUGGAAGUGUGACUAAUGUUGGGUCACCUCAUUUUGAGCAAUCACUUUACUCACAGAGCACAGGUCCUACCUGGAAUGGUCAGGUUGCCCAGCAGCAGCAGCAGCUGCCGUCAGGUUCACCAGUUUAUGGUGUGCAAAACAGUGAAUCGUUGCCACCACCGCCGUGGGAAGCUCAACCAACUGAUAACGGUAGUCCAGUAGCAGGCAGCAAUUAUCCCGCAUCACUGCAAGUCACUCAAGUGGUUAUGACGCAUGUUCAGAGUGGUGCACAUGCUCAGGGAAUUCCGGCAUUGGCGAAUGACCAAGUUGUUGGAAUGUAUAUGCAGCCGAAUGCUAAUGGCCCUGUGUCACCGAUGAAUAGCCAUGCUGUUCACAGCAAUCCGUUGGGCUUUCACCCUCAGCAUAUGCAGGGUGGGGCAGGACCAUAUAUGGGUAUGGUUUCUCCUCAGUUGCAAGCUGCACCUUUGGCUUCUAUGUAUCCUCAACAGAUGUAUGGCAACCAAUUCUCGGGAUAUGGCUACGGUCAGCAACAAGGGGUCCCAUACCUUGAGCAGCAAAUGUACGGCCUAUCUGUUAGAGAUGAUAAUGGUUUGAGAAACUCCUACCAGGUUUCUUCCUCAUCUUAUAUGCCACCAGGCAAACCUUCCAAACCAGAGGACAAGUUAUUUGGGGACCUUGUUGACAUGGCAAAAUUCAAAUCUAAACCCACUCCAGGUCGAGCUGGUAGCAUGUAAAACUAUGACUGGCUUGCAAUUUUCACCUAUUUGCUAACUUUCGGUCUGCAAUUUUUCCCCUCCCCCCAUUUUCCCAUAUAUAUGUUGUUAUUGUGCCAUAUUCUGCUGCUUGCCUGGAAAUGGCAUCGUGAUUAUUAUGUA